ACAACUAGUGGAACGGUUGUGUUGUUAAAAUUCUUGCAAUUAGCAAACAAAAAAACGAAUAUAAUUAAAAUAAAUAAAAAAUACGAAAUAAACUUCGCCUUCGUCAAGUAAUACGUCAACCUUAAAACAAACACACGCACACACAUAACUAAUCAUCAUCAUCACCAUCGAAGAGUGUGUAAAGCAGAAUGAAGAUGAUGACAAAAGAGACAUUUAUUUGGAAAUAAAUUGUAAACAAAAAAAAAACACAAUUUGCUUUUUGCUGGACCAAAUCGAACUAGAAAGAGACAAUGAAAGGGAAUUAACAAUAAAAGUCACAAUUAAGGAGCGAGCACCAAUAUAACGUUUAUUUUGUCUGUCUCGUUUUUUUUUCUUUUGUCAUCGUCUCGUAAUAAAGGUGUUUCAACAGAGUUACCAUAUUAAAGUGAAAAACGUCAAAAACUACGCUGUUGUGUUGUAAUAAAAUAAAUUUCAGUGAAGAGAUUUUACAAAAAAGUGAAUUAAACAUAUUUUAAGACAAUUUUUGUAAUAUAAAAAGUCUUAACUUUUUGGGGCAACAAAAUUGUUGUUGCUGUUAAUCAUAGUUUAAAAAACCAGUAGGAAAAAUGUCUUUAUUUUCAUCAUGUUUUCCUGACAAACCAAUGACGACGAUUCGCAAAAAGUUGGUUAUUGUUGGCGAUGGUGCCUGUGGUAAAACCUGCUUAUUGAUUGUCUUUAGCAAAGAUCAAUUUCCCGAAGUUUAUGUACCCACUGUAUUUGAAAAUUAUGUGGCCGACAUUGAAGUAGAUGGAAAACAGGUUGAGCUGGCCUUAUGGGAUACAGCUGGUCAAGAGGAUUAUGACAGACUUCGACCACUCAGUUAUCCAGAUACAGAUGUUAUUUUAAUGUGUUUCUCUGUUGAUUCACCUGAUUCAUUAGAAAAUAUUCCUGAAAAAUGGACACCAGAGGUCAAGCACUUUUGUCCAAAUGUUCCCAUUAUUUUGGUGGGCAACAAAAAGGAUUUGAGAAAUGAUCCUAAUACCAUCCGGGAUCUUUCAAAAAUGAAACAGGAACCAGUCAAGCCGCAAGAGGGUCGUGCUAUGGCUGAAAAAAUUAAUGCCUUUGCUUAUUUGGAAUGUUCGGCCAAGUCCAAGGAGGGUGUACGAGAAGUCUUCGAAACAGCUACUAGAGCUGCAUUGCAAGUUAAAAAGAGGAAGAGGACCAAAUGCCAUUUGCUCUAAAAGAGUUUUUAACAACAACUAUACAAACAAAAA